AUGACCUCCGGCCUCCUACCAUUGCUUUCUUCACCUCAAACCAAAUACACCGGCUUCACGCAGGUCCACAAUCCAAACAGGCAGUGGCCUGACAAGGUCAUCACCAAGGCGCCUAUUUGGCUGUCGACAGAUCUUCGUGAUGGAAACCAGUCCUUGACGGCGCCUCUUAACUCGGACCAAAAGUUUGAAUUCUUCAAGCUGCUGGUGGAGAUUGGCUACAAGGAGAUCGAGGUCAGCUUCCCGGCGGCGUCCAACGUCGAGUUCGAGUUCACGCGACGGCUGGUGGAGACGCCCGGGGCGGUGCCGGACGACGUGCGGCUGCGGGCGCUGGCGCCGACGCGCAACGACUUUCUGAAGCGGACGGUGGACGCGCUCGAGGGCGCCAAGCGGGCGACGGUGUGCACGUACAUCUGCGUCAGCGACAAGAUGCUCAAGUACCAGGGCUUCUCGCGGGCGCGGGCCAUCGAGCAGGCGGUGGGGGCGGUGCGCUACCUGCGGUCCAUCACCAAGGACAACCCCGACACCAAGACCAGGUGGGACCUGGCCUUUGGGCUCGAGUCGUACAACGAGUCGGACCAGGACUUUGCGCUGGCCAUGACGGAGGCGGUCAUGGGCGCCUGGGAGGCCAGCGCCGACGACCAGAUGUGGGUGGUGCUGGCCACCAGCACCGAGGUGGCGACGCCCAACGUCUUUGCCGACCAGGUCGAGACCUUCAUCGCGGGGCUGUCGGCGCCGGAAAACGUGCUCAUCUCCAUCCACACCCACAGCGACCGCGGGUGCGGCGCCGCGGCGGCGGAGCUGGGCAUGCUGGCCGGGGCCCACAUGGUGGAGGGCUGCCUGUUUGGCAACGGCGAGCGGGCCGGCAACGUGGACCUGGUCACGCUGGCCCUCAACCUGUACACGCGCGGCAUCAGCCCGCACCUCGACUUCUCCGACCUCUACGCCGUCAGGGACCGGUACGAGCAGCUGACCGGCCUGCAGGUGACGGCGCGCACGCCCUACGCCGGCGAGUACGCGCUGCAGGCCUUUAGCGGCCACCACCAAAACAUCAUCCGCAAGGGCAUGGGGCUGCGCCUGAGGGCCGAGGCCGAGGGCCGCCCCGCCCCCGUCUGGGACAUCCCCUACCUCCCCGUCGACCCGCAGGACCUGGGCAUCCCGAUCGACCACAUCAUCCGCGUCAACUCCCAGAGCGGCAAGGCCGCCGCCACCUGGAUCCUCAGCCGCCGCUGGGGGCUCGACCUGCCCGUCGACAUGCAGGUCCACUUUGGCCGCCGCCUCAUGGCCCUGUGCGAGGCCCUGGCCCGCGAGAUCUCCCAGGACGAGCUGCUCGGCCUCUUCACCUCCACCUACGGCCUCGAAACCCCCGACCGCCCAAGCCAUCACCUGGGCCACCUGACCGUCCAGCGCAGCAGCAACGGCCGCGGCUACGUCGUCGACGGCCUCAUCAGCCCCAUCGACGGCGUCAAGCUCGUCCUCGCCGGCCUCGGGUCCGACCUCGCCACCGCCGCCCUGCAGAGCUUGAACAUUGACACCGAGGGCAAGGCCGUGGCCGUCAAGAUCCAGGACACCCAGCAGCUCAACAACGACUUUGGAAGGGGGAGGUAUUGUGCCCUGGCGACCUGUGAGGUUGCCAGCCAAGUCCAGUGGGGCUACUUUAUUGACGAGAACAAGGAAAAGGCCGAGGCUUUGGCCGUGAUUGCAGCAGCCUUGCGCAUGUACUGCAUGCAAACCGGUCCCCUGGACCUCAGCAAGAUAAACCCUUCAGUUCAACACACCACCAACCUCUCAGCUGCUGAAAACAACUUGAUAGUGACCGCUUGA